GUUAGGAGCAGUCCUUGUCACUGUCAGAUAAGGAGUCCUCAUGUAUAAUCUAAUGUCACACCCCUAUUUUCUGGACUGGAUCCUGUCUAUCCUAUUCCCUUGCGGUGACACAGAAACAGCAAUAGAAAUGCCCUGCAUGGCAUCGUAAUGGCUCCUAAAUAUGCCCCGAGUCUUCGGCGACGGCUGCCUGUCCUGGCGAUAUGUUUGGAAAUAGCGUUUCUACUUCUUUUCAUUUUUUUUGUUCAGUAUGAUGAUUCUUAUAUCCAGGAUGAAGCCCAAUCGAAAAAACGAAAAACUGUUACAGCCAUCUAUGCAGACUUCCAAGAUGUCCACGUGAUGGUGUUCCUGGGAUUUGGCUUCCUCAUGAGUUUCCUGAGGAGAUACGGCUUCAGCAGCAUCGGGUUUAACCUGCUUGUGGCUGCCCUGGGAGUGCAGUGGGCCACGCUAGUGAAUGGCUUCUUGUUUGAAUUCAGCGAUGGCAAAAUCAGGAUAAACAUGAUGAGCUUGGUGACUGCGAAUCUCUGUGCAGCCUCAGCACUUAUCUCAAUGGGAGCAGUGCUGGGAAAGACCAACCCGGUCCAGCUCCUUCUCAUGACUCUCCUGGAAGUUACCAGCUUCAUUUUCAACCACUGGCUUCUCACCAGGUUCACUAAGAUGGACUGUGUUUCCAGCAUUAUGCAUCUCCACGUCUUUGGGGCUUACUUCGGCCUAAUGGUAUCCUGGGCCUUAUAUCAGCCUGGACUGAGGCAGAGGCAUGAGAAAGAAAAGUCUUCAGCUGAUAUGGGGAAAUUCUCAAUGCUAGGUACAAUCUUCUUAUGGAUGUUUUGGCCGAGUUUCAACUCCGUGCUGAUCGAAGGGAAAGCUGAGAAGAUGAAUGCCGUGUACAGCACUUACUUUUCGCUGGCCGCGAGUGCAGUCACUGCAUUCGCCUUUUCAGUGCUGACCAGCAAAAAAGGAAAAAUGAACAUGGUCUAUAUCCACAACGCCUCUCUGGCUGGGGGUGUUGCUGUUGGAGCAGCAGCCACAGUGAUCCCCUCUCCAUGGAUUGCAUUGACUAUCGGCUUGACUGCAGGACUCAUCUCCAUCCUGGGAUGCUGGUUUAUGAAGCCAAUCUCUGAAGUAGCGUUUGCUAUGCAGGAUGUGUGUGGUGUUCACUACGUGCAUGGCUUACCUGGGAUCCUAGGAGUGCUGAUUCGAAUCGUCAUAGAGCUGGCCACAGCGUCCAACCUCCAAGUAGCUUGGAAUGAGGCAGCUUUUUAUUUGUUUGCUCUUUAUGUCACCUUGGCACUGAGUCUUGUACUGGGACUAUUAACAGGAUUUCUUUUAAAAUUGAACAUUUGGAAGCCACAUCUUGAUCGGAAAUGCUUUGACGAUCAAGCGUUCUGGGAGUUCCCUCAUCAAGCCGUGACACUUUAACAAGGAUGCACACGACCCCCCCCCCCGUAUCACACGUUCAACAGACCGGAACGAAAUGAAAAACCUGGCCACAGGAAAGCCUUAAAACUGUGUGUUUGAUACAUGCAUCUUCUUCGUAAAGUGUGUUUGUUGUAUGUGUUUGACAUUUUCAGUUGAUCUUAUCAAUAGCUGAUCAGUAUACAGCCUGUUUAGAUUAAUUUAUAGUGCAUCCAAGUCUCUAUAGUAUAUUUUGUUAAAAAGCCAGCGUGGGUCCCACAAUAUUAUAACAGCUCUAUUUCGAUUCACCGCCGUUUAGGCCAACUGAAUUGAGUUAGUAGGCUGUUAAUGUACAAUACAUGUACAGGAAAGACCUGGGUAACACGUUCAGAGCCAAUUUCUGCUCCGUGCUUCAGUCUACAGGUCGAGUCAGAUUAUUGGAUUUAGUUAGGGUACUGCUUAUUGAAUUAUAUACACACAUAAUAUCCAACAAAGAGUUUUAUUUCAUACUGCAAAGCUAUGCCAUGUUGCUCUACGUUACAUUUUGAAAGUAAACACAUUGCUGUUUUUAUAUCCAAAAUAUUGAAUCUCAUGUUUUGCAUCUUUGAUCUACAGAAAAAAAAAAAAAACAUAAACCAAGUCCCAAGACUGGUUUUCUUUAAAAAGUUUCAUAUCUUGACAUUCUACAGGCCCGACAUGUACUUCAAUAGAUAUAUAAAAAGAGUUUAUGAUUGUUAAAUGUAAUUAAAGUUGAAAAACAUCACUUUUCAAUCACUCUGGUUUAGAAGCAAUACACAGUGUUCUGUGGAAUUGCACAUUUGAACACAAAUUUAGAAGAACAUUUGGACAGGUAACUUUGGCCAACACUUCUUACCUUUGUUGGCAUCAGUUUUAAAUCACUAAAAAAUACAUUUUUGUAACAGUUU